AUGGAUUGCCCCGACACCGAUAGCGAAGAGGAGCAUACCAUCCGCAUGGUCUGUACCGAGUCUAGCGAGGACAGUAAGUGUGACCACAUUCACCGUGGACAGGGCGCUCCUAGCACUAUUCUGCAAAUGCCUAAUCGCUGUGGCCUUAGUCGGAGAUCUGUCUACGACCUGACAUUCGACUAUGACUUCAAGCGCGUCCCUCGUGACUUCGGUGACGCUAUGAUGCGCAUUGACUAUGUGAUACCGAGCGAAAGAGCAAACGCGCAAAGCGAGAUGAAUCUGGCUUCCACAAGAACCGCAAGCGCUGGCUCGAAGAGGAAUGGCGCGAUGCCAGAUUCUCAUGAUCGAUAUCUUCAGCGGCGUCGGUCCCCUCCGGAGCGAUACGCGUUGGAUGUAGACGAGGAUGAGACACCCAGCUCGGAUCUACCGUCAGAAGAGCAGAUUCGCGACCAGCUUAGCCUGGAAACUUCGGUUGGCAGCUUCUCUCUUCAUCCGGAAUUCCAGGUUUCUCAGGAUGCCAACAUUGUAACAGUCACCAAUACUCCUGAGGGCAAAACCCCCGAUAUUCAAUACAUUGUCCUCGAAAUUUUAUCCCGGCAAACUCAAGAAGAGGACCGAGAGAAUUCAUUCCCCAUCGGCGCCCUGCACAACAUCUCCACGGGCGACGAUCAACCCCCAACAUCAAAACGCAUUACUCCUCAAAUACCCGAGAAACACAUCAUCACAGGACAAGGGAGGUUCUGCGAGCUCUUUCGCCUGUUCACAGUUGUGCUCGAUCGCGCCAAGUUUGUCUCCGAGGCCGGAGUUUACUUCUACAUGGCGUACCUGGAUGGGUCCGAGAAUCCGGAUCCUUCCAUGCAAGACGCUCCCGAUGAUACGCAGGUUGUGCGGGGCGUUGACAUGAGUACGGUUGCUAGGCGGUUGGGGGUGGUUGUUCUUGACGGGUAA